AUUCUUGUUAUAUAAAAUUCCAUCAAACACAUCAAAAUCAUUCCCAUAAGCUUCUCACUUCAUUUAAACCAUCACUAAAAAAUGGCCACCAUGAACUCCAGUGUAUUGGCCUGCAACUAUGCUGUCUCCGGUGGUGUUGCUUCGCCGGACUUCAACUCAAAGCCCUCCUCCGCCACGCCUGCUGCCGUCGGUUACAAGUUUCCGGUCAUCCGGGCCAAGCAGACGGUGAAAUCAUCGUCUGAAUCCAGUGAUCAGUCACAGCAGGGGAGAAGGGCAGCUCUACUUUGUCUCGGAGCCGCACUGUUCGCCACCGCCACCGCCACCUCCUCCGCCAACGCUGGAGUUAUCGAUGACUAUCUUGAGAAGUCCAAGGCUAACAAGGAAUUGAAUGACCAAAAGAGGUUGGCAACAAGUGGAGCAAAUUUUGCAAGAGCUUACACAGUUCAAUUUGGAACAUGCAGCUUCCCCUACAACUUCACUGGCUGCCAAGAUCUUGCUAAGCAAAAGAAAGUGCCAUUCAUAUCAGAUGAUCUUGAGUUGGAAUGCAAAGGGAAGGACAAAUACAAGUGUGGUUCAAAUGUGUUUUGGAAAUGGUAGUUUUGACUCUUUUAUGUAAACCAUCUUUUGUAUUUAUGACUCAGCAACUUGAUUAUUUUGCAAUGUCAAUAUUCUUCUGUAGUUUUCUUUUGGUAAA